AUGGCCGCGACCGACGGUCAGAUCGUCGUCGCGGCGGCACGCUGGGCCGAGGAGGCGACGUAUCUGCGCGAGUUCGUCUCCAAAUAUCGUUUGCCAGGCGUGAUCAAGAUCACCAAGGGUCAGUACGGCGGACUGGGCGUGCCGACGCUACCGGCGCCCAGUUUACAAAGCACGGCGUUGCUGAUAUCGGCCGGUCGUCGGCGUAAAAUCGUGGCACAGGCGGUGAAGAUCAAGGAGGGCCGUCGAGUUGUCGGCGUGGGGCCCAGACUCGCGAUACCGGAUUCGUACGGGGGCUACUUCGAGAUCCUGAGCGAGGAGGGUCGCGCGGUGCGCGGCAUCGAGUCGGUAAGCGAGCUGUCGCGUAGAUGCCCGGAGGAAGGUGCCUUGGUGCGCGAGACGGUACGCGCCAUCGCCUGUCGGGUGGACGACGAAUCGGGGAUCGUGGUACCGGAGGGUACGAGGACCCUCGCCGCCGGCGAGACGAUUGUCACCGCCGGCGAGGUGGCGUUACCCGGUCGCGGUAGAUUUCUGCGCUGCGUGGACUGUCGCGGCGACAGCGUUCUACUCGGGAUGGAUCAACGUGGCCGCUUCAGCGCCCUGGCGCGCGAGGACAACAUCAGCGGCGUACACACCGCUAGGGCGCUUCUCAGCAAACGUCUGCCGCUUACCGUGAGACUGGUGCACGGCCAGCCGCCGCGGGGACUUAAAUCGUCGUCGCAGUUCGUGCCCGAGCUGAGGCUGCUGUCGACCUUCGAGGAGGAGCACGUGUUCGCGCUCCCGUUGCAAAGAGAAGGCGCGGCCGUCGCGCUACCGCUCGCGGCGCCGCUCAAGCUGGUGAAGGCGCGGAACGAAGAGGCGCUCAGAUCGAUGCAGGAAUUCACGAGGCUGGUGGAACGCGCCUCCCGUUUGGUCGCCGACGUGGCCGAUCGAGCGCACGUGCUGGACGGUCGUCUGGGCGAGGGCAAGUCCUCGAGGCAGAGGAGCGGCUCGGGCUUUCUUAGGAGACCAUCGACCAACUCGGAUCACGCGCCGCUGGGUCACCAUAGAAACAGCAGCGCCAGCCAUCAUCAUCAUCAUCAUCACUAUCACAGCAGCAACGGCCAUCAGGCGUCCUCCGGUCACUCGGGUUAUCGGGACGAGAAUAGGAUACCGUCAUCAUCGUCGGCUUGCACGGAGGAAUAUGACGAGAUCGAUCAGAUAUACGAUUAUGUGCGCGGCUUCGCGCCAUUGCCGAAGAGCGUCAGGUCGCCAUACGAGAGUCCUCUCAUCGCCACGGGUCAAGGUGGCUCGACUCCGCCGUUGACACCGGUCACGGUAACGAUCGCGCCAUUGCUCGACGAUCGACCAGAACCGCCGCCGAUCGAGACGAUACCGACGAAGAAGAUCCAGGCGGAGAAACGGACGAGGCGCGCGGUCAAGGAGGCGCCGCAGCCGCGGGUGGAGAAGCCGCCCCUGGCGAAGCUCUACGUGAAGAACAGCGGCACUCAGCGUGGACGUCCGCUAAUGAGGCAGAAGAGCGCGUCGCCGUUGAAGGAAACGCCGCCGGGUUACAAGGGCGGUUCGCCGCUCUUCAAUAUACGCUACAAAAGUCUGACGAAUCUUCAGCAGGCGAUGGAGCUCGACGGCACGCUGGACUCAAGCCACUCGGGCGGAAGAACGUCGGGAGAUUCCGGCGCGGGUGCCAAAUUGCCAGAAAAAAGAUCGAGGCGUUUAAGCAGACCACGUUCGCUGACAAAUUUAGUCUGGGAGCUACGAGGUGGAAGCGGUCUUGGUUGCACGAGACCGGAAACUCCGCCGCCUGUCAAUGCACCGCUGCCACCAACUAAAUGUGGGCCACGUCUUGGCUGUACUGUCGUAGCACCGCGACGUGUCGGCACGCUCUACCUCUAA